AUAAAUCCAAAUUUCUCUCCAUCAAAUAUCUCAGCUGACAAAGCUCUCUUAACUGUUGCAUAAGAGAGACCAAACCCACUUUGAUUCCUUCACCUUCAGAGACAACAGCUAUUCACCCUUUUAAGCUCUCUCUUGCACCACUCUCCUUUCUUGGAUUACUUUCUUAACUACAUCAAUCCUGCAAAGCUCCAGCCUUUUAGGCAGGGAGUGACAUGAUCCCGGAGUCUAAAACAAUCCCAUCUUUAUAAUUUUCCUUGCUUAGGAAUCCCAGUCAAACCCUGUUUUUCCAACUACUUCUUAAUUUGGUCCCUAUUUAUGUGAUUUUUAAGCAAAACCCACCGCUGAAACCAAACCAAGAUUGAAUUUUGCUUGGCUAAAUUUCUUAAAAGGUUAUCAGGUAAUUCAAGCGAUCAACUUUCUCAAUUGCGUUCUCUGUUGUUGUUCUUAAAGAGAUGAAUUUCAGGAGCUUGGAAGAGUUUUGGGCUUUUUAUGUGACUCAGCACUCAAAACCAUCUACAAGGCGCUGGCACUUCGCGGGCACACUCUCGAGUAUUCUAUUAUUGAUUUAUUCUGUGUUGUUUAACUGGUGGUUCUUGCUCUUUGUGCCUAUAUUUGGUUAUGGACUUGAAUGGUACAGCCAUUUCUUUGUGGAAGGGAAUGUUCCUGCCACUUUUGGGCAUCCAUUUUGGUCCCUUUUAUGUGAUUUUAGGAUGUUUGGAUUGAUGCUUACUGGGAAAAUGGACAGAGAGAUCAAGAGACUUGGAAAGAGACCUAUCUUGCAGGGCUUCUAAGGCUCUUAUGUUUAAGACUUUUGUGUUUAAUUCAUGAUACAAUCACUUGUAUCGGUUUCUUAGGAUGCUGUCAUGUCAGCUCUACUUAAACUCUUGUUGAUUACAUCUUGCUUCUGAUAAUGUUUAAAUACGUUUUUCUUAAAUUGAUGAUGAAUAAUUGAGUAGAAUUCCUUGAUGACAGCAAUAAUUUGACUCUGCUGGAUGAUUGUCGGUGUAAA